ACUGAGUUAUCCAGUCCUAGGUUUUAACCUCUGGCUUUCCUUCUGGUGACAUAUAUGACUCUAAACUUCUCUUAUUAACCACAUUCACAGACAAUUCAGCACUGCUAAUUAUAUAAUGAUAAUGUGCCACCUUCUCCUCUACCCAUCUCCACUCAUUUAAAUUCAACCGAGUUAAAAAUUCUGCAUCUUAAGCAACUGCUCCCCAUUUUCUGGCCUCAUUCUAUCUCCUGGUAACCUCUACUCUAGACUCUAUGUCUGUGAGUUUACAUAUCACUUUGUUUUGAUUACUAGAUAAAUUCUGCUUUGAUCUUCUAGAAAGAGAGAAAGGGAGAGCUGUAUUUAUCCAAUAUUGAGAUUUGAGAUGGUCAGAGAUAAUGUGGGACCUUGUUAAUAUUCUUUUGUCCCAGAGGGGAAGGCCAAGUUUCCAUUUUGCUAGAUGGGGCCCCGGGGGCUAUGAGGUGUAGGGGUUAGGGCUUUCCAGAAGACAGUCAAGGUUGUGUCCACAGCUUUGCCCAGUGGUGUUGUCCCACCUCCCGCUCUACUGUUAGAAAGGCUCCCAGAGUUUGUCACAGGAUUGAGAUUUGUGGCUCUUAGGUUGCCCAGGGUAUGUCCUAGUCUACAUAUCCCUGCUGCUCUGAGGUUGGGAGGUGUCACUGUCUAGUCAGAGCACCUGUGCUAGAAGGAAACAGGUUGCUACCUGGGAGGCCACAGUGUGACGGGACAUUUUGCUGUUGUGUCAAGCGUUUUUUUUUCUUUCCUCCCUUUGUGUGGCAGCUCAGUGCUGGCAAGGGCACCACCCCUCUUCUCUAAGUGAACAGUGGGAAUAAGCAUCCUGCAGGCUGGCACCUCUGCCUGGGUUCUGAAGCCAUAUCCUGAGGACUUUGGCACAUUUGAGAGAUGGCAAUUCAGAGAUUGUUUUCUCAUCCUUCACCCCUUACAGGCUGCAUACAGUACUUUAGACCUCAAACUUUAACCUGCAUAUGAGAAUCACCUGGGAUCUUGUUAAAAAGCAGAUUCUGAUUCAGCAGAUCUGGAGUGGGGCCUGAGAUUCUGCAUUUCUGACAGUUUCUUAGGUGACGCCCAUGCUGUUGGUCCCUGGACCACACUUUGAGUAGAAAGGAGCCAGAGCUUCUGAGGUAUUUCAUUGUGUCCUGGGAAUGACUUGGUAGGUAUUAUUCUAAUGCUCACUUUUCAUGUGGAAAACCAACGCAAAGAAGUGAAGCAAUCAGCUCAAAGGCUCAUAGAAAGUUUGCAUUAGUAUUGGUGUUAGGAUUAGCUCAUUCUUUUCAGUGCAAUAGCUGAGCACUUGUUGGGUGCCAGGCACUGUGCUGGUGCUGCAGGUACCCAGCCAACCAGGGAAGUAGGGCACACUCUCCUUCCCUCUCCUGUGGUCUAGGAUUUCUCUGUAACCCUGAGCAGCAGCAGUGUCACUGCCGGCAUCCUGGAGGAGCAUGUGGGUGACUCAGAGCCUUGGCCUGCUCUAGCCAUGCUAAAAGUUUUCCUCUGAGUAUUCUGAGAUCUGUGCCAUGGAGGCUGCCUCCCCAUCCCAGUCUCUCUGUUCUGAAUGGGCUGAAAGUAGGUCAGAGCUGCAUUUGCAGUGGAGGCAAAUAUGGAGGAGGCUGACCAUUCUUCAAGAACUCUACAGAGACAGAGGUGAGGCUGCCUGGCCCUGCAGGAGCCCUUGGAGCUCUGUCCUCUGUCCCUUCUUAUGUCCAUCCUAUUUACUCUCUGCCUCUCAGGGAAAGGGGUUGUUUGCCACACAUCUGAUCCGGAAGGGGGAGACCAUCUUCAUAGAACGGCCCCUGGUGGCUGCGCAGUUUCUCUGGAAUGCACUUUAUCGCUACCGAGCCUGUGACCACUGCCUUCGGGCGCUGGAGAAGGCAGAAGAAAAUGCCCAGAGGCUGACUGGGAAGCCAGGCCAGGUUCUCCCUCACCCAGAGCUGUGCACCGUGCGGAAGGACCUCCACCAGAACUGUCCCCACUGCCAGGUGAUGUACUGCAGUGCAGAAUGUCGGCUGGCAGCUGCUGAGCAGUACCACCAGGUCCUGUGCCCAGGCCCCUCCCAGGAUGACCCUCUGCAUCCUCUCAAUAAGCUGCAGGAGGCAUGGAGGAGUGUUCACUACCCCCCUGAAACUGCAAGCAUCAUGUUGAUGGCCCGGAUGGUGGCCACGGUGAAGCAGGCUAAGGAUAAGGAUCGUUGGAUCAGGCUCUUCUCCCAGUUCUGUAACAAAACAGCCAAUGAGGAGGAGGAAAUUGUCCACAAACUCCUGGGGGACAAAUUCAAGGGACAGCUGGAACUUCUACGGAGACUCUUCACUGAGGCCCUUUAUGAGGAAGCACUGAGCCAGUGGUUCACUCCAGAUGGAUUCCGGUCUCUCUUUGCUCUUGUUGGGACCAAUGGCCAAGGCAUCGGGACCAGUUCCCUGAGCCAGUGGGUCCAUGCCUGUGAUGCGCUGGAGCUGAAGCCUCAGGACCGUGAGCGGCUGGAUGCCUUCAUUGACCAGCUAUACAAGGACGUCGAGGCAGCAACUGGCGAGUUUCUUAACUGUGAAGGAUCUGGCCUCUUUCUGCUUCAGAGCUGCUGCAACCAUAGCUGUGUCCCUAAUGCAGAGACCUCCUUCCCAGAAAACAACUUUCUUUUGCACGUCACUGCCCUGGAGGAUAUUAAGCCAGGAGAGGAAAUCUGUAUCAGCUACUUAGACUGCUGUCAGCGGGAGCGCAGCCGCCACAGCCGCCACAAGAUCCUCAGGGAGAACUAUCUGUUUGUUUGUUCCUGCCCCAAAUGCCUGGCAGAGGCUGAUGAACCCAAUGUGACCUCAGAAGAGGAGGAAGAAGAAGAGGAGGAAGAGGAAGGAGAGCCAGAAGAUGCUGAGCUAGGGGAUGAGAUGACUGAUGUGUGA